AUGAUGGGUAUUGGUAAGAACACUACGUCCAAAUCCAUGGAGGCUGGAAGUUCAGCUGAAGGCAAAUAUGAAGAUGAAGCGAAGCACCCAUCUUUCUUUACUCUUCCGGUGGUGAUCAAUGGAGGGGCCACGUCCAGUGGUGAACAGGACAAUGAAGACACCGAGCUCAUGGCAAUAUAUACGACAGAAAAUGGCAUCGCAGAAAAGAGCUCCCUUGCUGAGACCUUGGAUAGCACUGGCAGUCUAGACCCCCAGAGAUCAGAUAUGAUUUAUACCAUAGAAGAUGUUCCACCCUGGUACCUGUGCAUUUUUCUGGGGUUGCAGCAUUACCUGACAUGUUUUAGCGGCACCAUUGCAGUGCCCUUUCUGCUGGCCGAUGCCAUGUGUGUGGGAUAUGACCAGUGGGCCACCAGCCAGCUCAUUGGGACCAUUUUCUUCUGCGUGGGAAUCACAACUUUGCUGCAGACUACUUUUGGAUGCAGGUUACCCCUGUUUCAGGCCAGUGCUUUUGCAUUUCUGGCCCCUGCUCGAGCCAUCCUGUCUUUAGAUAAAUGGAAAUGUAACACCACAGAUGUUUUGGUUGCCAAUGGAACGACAGAGCUGUUACACACAGAACAUAUCUGGUAUCCCCGAAUACGCGAGAUCCAGGGAGCCAUCAUCAUGUCCUCAUUGAUAGAAGUGGUCAUCGGUCUCCUAGGCCUGCCUGGGGCUCUGCUGAAAUACAUCGGGCCCCUGACCAUCACACCCACGGUGGCCCUCAUUGGCCUCUCCGGUUUCCAGGCAGCAGGAGAGAGAGCAGGGAAGCACUGGGGCAUCGCCAUGCUGACUAUUUUCCUAGUAUUACUGUUUUCUCAAUAUGCCAGAAAUGUUAAAUUUCCUCUCCCAAUUUACAAAUCCAAGAAAGGAUGGACUGCAUAUAAGUUACAGCUUUUCAAAAUGUUCCCUAUCAUCCUGGCCAUCCUUGUGUCCUGGCUACUCUGCUUCAUCUUCACAGUGACAGAUGUCUUCCCUCCUGACAGCACGAAGUAUGGCUUCUAUGCUCGAACUGAUGCCAGGCAGGGUGUGCUUCUGGUAGCCCCGUGGUUUAAGGUCCCAUACCCAUUUCAGUGGGGACUGCCCACCGUCUCUGCAGCUGGUGUCAUCGGAAUGCUCAGUGCGGUCGUUGCCAGUAUUAUCGAGUCUAUCGGGGACUACUAUGCCUGUGCAAGGUUGUCCUGUGCCCCAUCACCUCCCAUUCAUGCAAUAAACAGGGGGAUUUUCGUGGAGGGUCUCUCCUGUGUUCUCGAUGGCAUUUUUGGUACUGGGAAUGGCUCUACUUCGUCCAGUCCCAACAUUGGAGUUUUGGGAAUUACUAAGGUCGGCAGUCGUCGGGUGAUACAGUACGGCGCAGCCCUCAUGCUGGCGCUGGGCAUGAUCGGAAAGUUCAGCGCCCUCUUCGCCUCCCUUCCAGAUCCCGUACUUGGCGCCCUCUUCUGUACUCUCUUUGGAAUGAUCACAGCUGUUGGACUCUCUAACUUGCAGUUCAUUGAUUUAAAUUCUUCCCGGAACCUCUUUGUGCUUGGAUUUUCAAUCUUCUUUGGACUCGUCCUUCCAAGUUACCUCAGACAGAACCCUCUCGUCACAGGGAUAACAGGAAUCGAUCAAGUGUUGAAUGUUCUUCUCACAACUGCUAUGUUUGUAGGAGGCUGUGUGGCUUUUAUUUUGGAUAACACCAUCCCAGGUACUCCAGAGGAAAGAGGAAUCAGAAAAUGGAAGAAGGGUGUGGGCAAAGGGAGCAAGUCUCUCGAUGGCAUGGAAUCCUAUGAUUUGCCAUUUGGCAUGAACGUUAUUAAAAAAUACAGAUGUUUCAGCUACUUACCCAUCAGCCCAACCUUUGCAGGCUACACGUGGAAAGGCCUCGGGAAAAGCACUAGUAGCCGGAGUUCAGACGAAGACUCACAGGCCACAGUAUAG